AAAUAUUUAUCUUAAUUAAAAAAGAAAGAGAGAGAGAGAGUUAGGAACAUACCUAAGAGAGGUUGUGUGAGAAAAAGAGAUGAAGUAGAGUCCGAACCAAGUCUCAUAGCUGAGAGUUUAUGAUCAGAAUUCUGCCACCCUUCUUCAUCAUCUCACCAUCCUCUCUCACCUACAAUAAAAACCUCAUAUUGGCUCAAACUCGGUUUGCUUCUAUGAGCCAAAUCUUGUGUUUUCUUCAGCUUCAUAAUGGUAUUGAAGGGUUUCUGUGAGAGAAUUGUUGCUUCAAAAUGCUCUUCUAAAAGCUCAACAGAGACUGUAGAUAAUACUCAGGUGCCUGCUUAUUCAAAAGCAGGGUCUAGUGACAGUAAGUUUCCCAAGGCUUCCUUAUGGUCAAGCAUCUUUACAUCUGGUUUUUCAGUGGUUGAAACAUAUAGUGAAUCAUCGACUUCUGAAAAGAAAACAGUUAAUUCUCGAAGUAGUGGGUGGGCAGCUGCUGUGAGGAAAGUUGUUAGUGGUGGCUCAAUGAGGAGAUUUCAUGAGCGUGUACUAGGGUCAAGCAGGACGGACAUUUCAAGCUCUGAUGGUGACAUAUGGCUUCUAGGAGUCUGUCAUAAAAUUUCACAGAACGAAUCAACUGGAGGUGUAGAUACUAUUAAUGGACUGGCAGCAUUUGAACAAGAUUUCUCCUCAAAAAUCCUAGUUACGUAUCGGAAAGGCUUUGAUGCUAUUGGAGAUUCAAAGUAUACUAGUGAUGUUAAUUGGGGUUGUAUGCUUCGAAGCAGUCAGAUGCUCGUUGCUCAGGCAUUACUUUUUCAUAGAUUAGGUAGAUCAUGGAGAAAAACUGUUGACAAGCCACUGGAUAAGGAAUAUAUUGACAUCUUGCAACUUUUUGGUGAUUCGGAGGCUUCUGCCUUUUCUAUCCACAAUCUUCUUCAAGCUGGUAAAGGUUAUGGCCUUGCUGUUGGGUCAUGGGUGGGACCAUAUGCCAUGUGUCGCACAUGGGAAGUUCUAGCCCGUAACCUGAGGGAGAAAAAUGACCUUGGAGAACCGCCACUUCCAAUGGCAAUUUAUGUUGUUUCUGGAGAUGAAGAUGGGGAGCGUGGUGGAGCACCAGUUGUUUGCAUUGAAGAUGCCUCCAAACGUUGUUCUGAGUUUUCAAGGGGCCAGGCUGCUUGGACACCUCUACUUUUAUUGGUUCCUUUGGUUCUUGGACUUGAUAAAGUAAAUCCAAGGUAUAUUCCAUUGUUGCACUCAACUUUUAAAUUUCCCCAAAGCCUUGGCGUCAUGGGUGGCAAACCUGGUGCUUCAACAUACAUUAUUGGUGUUCAGAAUGAAAAGGCAUUCUACCUUGAUCCACAUGAUGUUCAACCGGUUGUUAAUAUCAAUGGGGAAACUCAGGAGCCUAAUAGUACUUCAUCAUACCAUUGCAGUGUUAUGAGGCACAUACCCCUAGAUUCAAUUGAUCCAUCAUUGGCUAUUGGAUUUUACUGCCGAAACAAAGAUGAUUUUGAUGAUUUCUGUUCCCAAGCUUCCAAGCUUGCAGAAGAAUCAAAUGGUGCACCAUUAUUCACUGUAGCUGAGUCUCGGAGUUUCUCAAAGCAAGUCACUAGUAAUGAUGUGUCAGGUGACAACACUGGAUUCCAAGAGGAUGAUUUCCUUGGCACGGCCCACGCCAAUGAUUCCGUAAACCAUGAGGAUGAUUGGCAACUCUUAUAAUUUCCAGACUAUGCAACGGAUUCAAAGUAAAGGGUCAAAAAUUUGUUGCUUGAUUCUCAAGGGCCUAAUUGCCACCACCAGUUUGGUUGAUCCCUGGCAUGAGAUUCCCACUCUUCAUACACUGUUUAAUAGUCCUGUAGAAAGUAAUUUAAACUCAUUAUGAUUCUUUUUUAAAAAUCAUUUGCUCAUUUGUUCAUAUAGCUAACCAGGUAUUUGUUGUACAUUACAAUGGCUAGUUUGAUCGUAUUUGUUGCCUGUACCCUUUUAUUGGCUACAAAAAUGUAGUGGAUAAUACUGUGGGACUAUCAAAUAAAUGGUAGAAAGUAGUUCAUAAUGUUGA